UCUGUGUUGGGGGGUGAAAAAAUUAAUUUCCACUAUUUAGCUGAGUGGUUGGUUAUUUAUGGUCAUCCCACGGGGCAUGUCUUUGCAGGCACUCAUUAAUACCAUUUCAAGGUGAUACCAGCUUGCCAUUGACACAGAUACCCUGGAGAUAUAGAUCUGAAUGUUCUUUAUGGAACACACUAAACCUUGGGAAGGAAAUGAAGCGGAUUUGUAUAUUGCCUAUCCAAACGUGGAUUAGACGCCAAUCCAUAUUGAGUCAGGCACCUGAUAUAUCAUGUCUGCCCCCUGUUCAGAGUGCAAUAGAAAUGAAUGAAGAGACAUUACUGGUACAAAACUUUGAUGAGGAAAACACCCACACAAAUAGUGAUAUUUUAUAUCAGUCAGACAGCAAGAAGCUGAUUCCUAAAAAGAAAUAUGCCUUAUUGAUGGCUUACUGUGGCAAUAAGUAUCAUGGCAUGCAGGUUAAUCUUGGUUCACCAGAUUUUCCAACAAUUGAAGGAACUCUCAUUUCAGCACUGAUUAAAGCCGGAUGUGUUCCUGAGAAGUACUCUUCGCAAAUAAAACCGCUGCAUUUUCAGCGCUGUGCCCGUACUGACAAGGGAGUCUCUGCUGUCAGUCAACUGGUUUCCUCAAGGCUUCUAAUGUCCUGCUCAAACCCAGUGGAGGAAAUUAACUUGCAUCUCCCACCUGACAUCCAAAUAUUAGGUGUGAAGCAAGUGACCAAAGGUUUCAGCUCUAAAAACAUGUGUGAUGCUCGGACCUAUUCAUAUAUGCUUCCUACGUAUGCACUGUCCGAUUGUGCUGUUACGUCACCUGACCCAAAUUUCCGGUUGCCUCGGGAAGACUUCCACCGUGUUAACCACAUUCUUUCCUUCUACCGAGGUUCACAUAACUACCACAACUUCACCUCCAAGAAGGCUCCUGAGGACAAGAGUGCAUGGAGACAUAUGUUCUUUGUGUCCUGCUCUGAACCUUCUGUUCACCACGGUAUUGAGUUUGCUUCCAUAUUGUUUACCGGACAGAGCUUCAUGUUGCAUCAGAUCCGGAAAAUGGUGGCUAUGCUUAUUGCUAUAUCAAGAGGUAUUGUCUCUGCUGAUAUCCUCCUCCAUUGUGUACAAAAAGACAAAAUCAGCAUUCCUAAAGCCCCUGGACUAGGUUUAGUACUUGAAUGUGGACAUUUUGGGUACUACAAUCGACGUUAUGGUGCUGAUGGACUCCAUGAAGCUCUGACAUGGGGUGAGCUUUUGCCUCUUAUGGAAGCUUUCCGGGAGGAACAUAUAAAUCCAGUUAUAAUCGAAGGGGAGUUAGAAGAUCUUUCCAUGUAUUUCUUUAUUGAUAAACUUAAACAACACAAUUUUCUUUCACUUAUAAAUAAGUCUUGAAGUGACUUUACUUGUGUGUGCCUGUAAUAUUGGGGAAGUCAUUUUAUUUUGUUGCUCAUGCUACAGAUGU